AUGUCAUCAUGCUUCCGUCUCUCCGGUCUCGUCCGCCCUUGUCACUCACCUCCCUCCCUGCGUGCAGCGCAGCACCGCCGUCGUCAGCAGCAACGUCUCAGCCGCCCGCGGCGGGCAGAGGCGCGCCGUCUCCCGCAGGAGGAGGUCGGGGGGGGAGGGGCGCACCCGGAGGGGGGAGGGGCGCGCCGCCAGGGGGAAGAGGUGGGCCCGUUCCCGCAGGAGCACCAGGGGGAGCGGGAGCCCCUGGCGCAGGCGGAGGGCGCGGACGCGGGGGGCGCGGGCGGGGAGGACGCGGAGAGCAGGCGCAAGGAGCGGGGGGAGUUGGGGGCAUCACCGCAGGCAUGGCGCAGAUGGGCCGGGUGCUCUGCCGGCAGCAGCGGCGGGCGUGGCGGUGACGAUGGCGGGCCCCGCGGGCGUUUCGAGCAGGGCGCUGGUGGCGGCGGCGCGGCCCGAUUUCGGCAAGCUGGGGCGGCCCGUGAUGCUGCUGGCGAACCACUUCAAAAUCGACUUCCAGGUGCGCGCACGCGCGGGGAUGGGGCGGGGGGAAAGGGGGGGGGGGUGGGGAAGGGGGGAGGAGGAGAGGGGCGGCCCGUGACGCUUCUGGCGAACCACUUCAUAAUCGACUUCCAGGACCUGGUAAUAUACCACUACGACGUGGACUUCUCCCCCGCGCUCGCCUCCAAGGGCGUCAUGCGCGCAGCCAUCCGCCAGCUGGCGGAGACCUACAGCGCGCAGCUCGUCUCCCCCGCCCCUGGCGGCGCCCCCAGCGCCCCCGUGCGCCCCGUCUUCGACGGCAUGAAGAACAUCUUCACUGCCCGCCCGCUGCCGUUUGACAGCCAGGAGUUUCGUGUGGUGCUGCCCGAUAAAGACGAAGGGGCAGGGGGCGGGAGAGGCGGCGGAGGAGGCGGGGGGAGGGGAGGUAGUAGCAGUGGUGCUGGGCGCGGGGGCGGGAGGGGCGGGCGCGGAGGGGGGGAGCGGAGGGAGCGGGCGGUGAAGGUGACGGUGAAGCUAGCUCAGCAGUACCCCAUGUCAUCCAUGGCUUCCUUUCUGCAGGGGCGGCAGGCCGACAUUCCGCAAGUGCUGCUGCAGGCACUCGACGUGGCACUGAGGGAGCGACUGCUCACCAGCCUCACUCCCGUGGGUCGCUCGCUCUACUCCGCCUCGCUGGGCAGCACAGCCCUGGGCGGCGGGGUGACGGCCUACCGCGGCUUCUUCCAGUCGGUGCGCUUCUCCCAGCAGGGCCUGGCGCUCAACGUCGACAUGGCUGCCACCGCUUUCCACCACGACAUGCCGCUCCUCACCUUUGCCGCCGACUUUCUGGGGCGUGGUGGCGGCGGGGGAGGCGGCGGGAGAGGUGGGGGGAGGGGUGGGUUCGGGGGGAGGGGUGGCCGGGGGCCGGGAGGGGGAGGAGGAGGCGGGUUUGCACCGAACGCGUCGCUGAGCGAUGGGGAGAGAGUGAAGCUGAAGCGUGCGCUGCAUGGGAUCAAAGUGGGGGUGACCCACCGCGACACGCCCCGCCGGUCAGUGCCUCUCCUACUCCCUGGCCCGUUCCUCACCCGCCCGGAAAGCUGUUUUCCCCCAUCCCGGCUUCCUCUCCCUGUCUCGUUACUGCCCCUCCGUCCCUCCGCUCGUCCGCCGCUCUGCCCAUCCACCCAGCCCUCCUCCCUUUCCCCAUGCAGGUACCGCAUCCAGGGCCUCACGCGCGAGCCGGCACACGCCCUCACCUUCACCAUCGAGGGGCAGGGGGAGACCUACCGCAUUCAAGGCCUAACUCGCGAGCCGGCACACGCCCUCACUUUCACCAUAGAAGGGCAGGGCGAGACGUCUCUCGUGGCCUACUUCCGCUCCGCCUACGGCUACACCAUCCGCCACCCCAACCUGCCGUGCGUCAUGGCGGGCGGCGGGGGCAAGAGCUAUCUGCCAAUGGAGGUGUGCCACAUCAUCGGCGGGCAGCGGUACGGGCCGAAGCUGAACGAGGAGCAGGUCAGCUCGCUGCUGCGCUUCACAUGUACAAGGCCGGAUGUACGCGCGGGGGAGAUCGGCAGCAUGGUGACCCGCAACGACUACCCCAAUGACCCGUACGCGCGUGAGUUCGGCAUGCUGGUGCAUCCCCAGAUGACGCGCCUGCAGGGCCGCCUGCUGGACCCGCCCCGCCUCGUGUACAAGGACAAGAAGGACGUGGUGCCGCGCUUUGGAGCGUGGAACAUGAUGGGCGGGCAGAGGCUGAUAGACGGAGCGCGCAUCACGCACUGGACCAUCAUCAACUUCGCGCCCUAUCUUGACGCCAUGGGCGUGCAGCGCUUCGGCCAAGCCCUCACGCAGCGAUGUGCUGAGCUGGGCGUGCAUAUGGAGCCGCGCCCAGUCGUGCCACCCCUGACCGGCCGAGUGGAGUCAGUGGAGGCGGUCAUGCGCCAGCUGGCGGACGCUAGCAGCCGAGCGGUGCCGCCCGGGCAGUGGCUGCAGCUGGCGGUGGUGAUUCUGCCGGGCAGAGGCACGUUCUACAACGAGAUAAAGCUGAUCGCUGAGACGCAGCUGAAUGUGGUCACCCAGUGCUGCCUCGUGAACCACGCCCAGAAGUGCCAGUCACAGUACCUGGCAAACCUGGUGCUGAAGAUCAACGUGAAGCUAGGGGGACGCAACGUGCUGCUGCAGUCGGAGAGCAUCGGCCGCCUGCCCAUGGUGGCCGAGCGCCCCACCAUUGUUUUUGGCGCUGACGUCACGCACCCCAGCCCGGGGGAUGACUCGUCGCCCUCCAUCGCUGCUGUCGUGGCGUCUCGGGACUGGCCGUGUGCGAACCGGUAUGGGUGCCUGCUGCGCACGCAGGCGCACCGGCAGGAGAUGAUAGAGGGGCUGCACGAGGAGAGGCAGGGGGCGGACGGCAGCAUGCAGGCGGGCGGGCUGGUGCGGGAUCUGCUGAUGGAGUUCUAUCAGACCGCCAAGCGCAAGCCCGAACGCAUCAUCUUCUUCCGAGAUGGCGUCAGCGAGGGGCAGUUCUACCAGGUGCUGGCGUACGAGCUGGAGGCAGUAAAAGCAGCGUGUCGGGCCAUGGACCCCACAGGCAGCUACAGUCCGCGCAUCACCUACGUGGUGGUGCAGAAGCGGCACCACACGCGGCUGUUCCCCGCGGACAACAACCGCGACAAUAACGGCAAUGUGAUGCCGGGCACGGUGGUGGACUCGGUCAUCUGCCACCCCAGGGAGUUUGACUUCUUCCUCAACUCCCACGCCUCCAUCCAGGGCACCUCCCGUCCAACGCACUACCGGGUGUUGUGGGACGAGAACGGCUUCACAGCCGACAGCAUGCAGGCGCUCUGCUACUCCCUCUGCUACACCUACGCGCGCUGCACGCGCUCCGUCUCCCUCGUGCCGCCCGCCUACUAUGCUGACCUGGCGGCCACGCGCGCGCGCCUCUACCUGGAGGGCAUCUCGGGCAGCAUGCGGGGGAGCGGGUCCGAGAGUGGGUCGGCGGCCGGGCGGGCGGCAGGGGGCGGCGAGGUGGCGGGGUCGGGCGGCACGGGGAGCUCCAGUGGGUCGUCUCGAGUGGGGGGGGCGCCGCCUGUGGUGCCGCUGCCGGUGGUCAUGCCUGUUCCCAGGAAGGGCAUGUUCUUCUGCUGA